GCCCAAGCUAUCGUAGAUCGAUUCCCUCUUUUGCUUCCACCCUCGUUUAUUCUUCCAUUCUAAACUAGUAAUUGUAUUUAUUUUUAUUUUUGGCGGCUGGCCUGCAUCUACAUUUCCAAGAUGGUUUCUUCACGCUCCUUCAGCGCAGCGUCAGUUCUGUCGCUCGCUUCGUCUGUUCUGGCUCAGACCUGUACUCUUCAAUUCGAUGGCCGCAUACCGGCGGACUUUGGUGUUGCCUCGUUUGACACCGCGAACAACUUCUUCAGUUCGGGCAAUGUCUUUGGACAAGGACUGAAAUUCAGCCAAUUGCUCAAGACCCCCGCCGCAACGGGAUCCCUGUUCGACACCAACACGAUCCCCGUCGAGGUGACCAUCAGCGACAAGUCCAUCUUCGCCCCGAGCGCCGACAACAUCCAGACGGGUUUCCGACGCGCCGAGCUGCUGCCCGCCAGCAACAGCGGCACCGACCCCAGCACGACGGGUGUCAAGACGCUGCACUUCAGCCUGAUGAAGGACGCCCAGCGGCCGCUCAACCUGUCGCACGAGUACCAGCUCGUCUUCCUUGAGAGCAACGACUUCAGCACGAACCAGCUGGUCCUCAAGACGGGCACCCUCAUCGGCGGCGGCGGCGGCGCCAACCCGGACACCCUCCAGCUGUUCGGCAACGUCAACUCCCCACAGCUCCUCUUCAGCACCCCCUUCACGCCGGGCGUGUUUCACAACUUUGCUGUGACGCUGGAUUUCAAUAAGCUCACCUCGCAAGUCUUCUUCUCGACAGGCACCGCGGCCCUCAAGGCGGUCACGCAGGCCCUGCCCAACGACGUCAGCGGCCAGGGCCAGUUCCACUUUGGCGUGCUGAAGAAGCCGACCGACGGCGGCAAUGACAUUGUGCACAACGGCUUCCAGGAGGCCGGCAUCGACGAGGGCAUCAUCUACGGUGGAAUCUUCCAGGAGGACAGCUCGACGGGCUGCGUCAGCCUGUCGCCUUGAUUUUUUUUGGGGUUGGGAAAGCCGACACCUGAACUUGGGUGGAGCGGGGGUUCUGGAAGGUUUUAUACAGGGGCUUUCCUCUGAAGGAUAUGUUGGGGUUGGGGAAGGGGAGGGAGCGGAUGGUUGGUUGCGGAACUGGAAAGGAAAUGUAAUUAUACCGAUGUGGGCAGCUGGGG